AUGCUUUUUAACCUGGGGAGCUCCAAGAAGACCAUCAGCUAUCUGGGAUGUGCAGUUCAGCUUUAUAUCUUUCAUGUAAUGGGGGCCACAGAGUGUCUGCUCUUGGGCAUCAUGUCCUUUGACCGCUAUGUGGCCAUCUGCAGACCUCUGCACUACACCCUCAUCAUGAAUCAGCACCUCUGCCUCCUACUAUCAUCUAUCAUGUGGCUGACUGGGGUGAUAUUAGUAUUCUCAGAGGUUACACUUACACUACAGCUGCCAUUGUGUGGGGUCAAUAAACUGGAUCACUUGUUUUGUGAGAUUUCAGUUCUGAUGAAAACCUCCUGUGGUGAGAAGGAGGCAGAUGAGCUUGCACUGUUUCUGGUAUGCACAUUUGUAUUAGCUGUUCCUCUGUGUUUAAUUCUUUUUUCUUAUGGUAGUAUAGGACAUACUGUACUUAAGAUUAAGUCUUCUGGAGGGAGUAAAAAGGCCUUGGGGACAUGUUCCUCUCAUCUCAUUGUAGUUUCAUUAUUUUAUGGUCCACCCAUCAUCCUGUAUCUUCAGCCCCCCUCCUCCAUCUCCAGGGACCAGCCCAAGUUCUUGGCUCUCUUCUAUGUAGUGGUGACUCCUACCCUCAACCCCUUCAUCUACACUCUGAGGAAUAAAGAUGUGAAGAGGGCAUUAACCAAGGUGUUGAGAAGGACUAGCAGUUCCAAGUUUUCACUUGGAACUUCAUGUCAGUAG